GCUGACUGUCUCUGUUGUCAAACUCCAUUGGCUACAGGCACACACGCCUGUCAUCAGUCUGAACAAGAAAACAAACGACAAGGUUUUUCCAUGUGUGAGUGAUUAAGCCAACAGUAAGCAUGCUGACCGCACAGAGGGCAUGUGCAGCGAUGGCUGCCCGGCACCUGGUUAGAACUUCAGUCUCCUCAUCCCUCACACACUGCUCUCUGAUCCAUACUUCAGUACCCUGUCAGGACCGUGCUGAGCUGCAUUCUGAAUGGGCCAGUCUGGCUAAGAAACAGCUGAAGGGGAAGAAUCCAGAAGAUCUGAUCUGGCACACUCCUGAGGGGAUUAACAUCAAGCCCGUGUACACCAAAACAGACUCAAAAGAUGUUGCUGAUGAACUGCCAGGAGUGUUUCCUUACACUAGAGGGCCCUAUCCCACCAUGUACACAUACAGACCUUGGACUAUCAGGCAGUAUGCUGGAUUCAGCACUGUUGAGGAGAGCAAUAAGUUCUAUAAAGACAACAUAAAGGCUGGUCAGCAGGGUCUUUCUGUGGCCUUUGACCUCCCAACACACCGUGGUUAUGACUCGGACAACCCCAGGGUCCACGGAGAUGUGGGCAUGGCUGGAGUGGCUAUAGAUACAGUUGAGGACAUGAAGUUGCUCUUUGAUGGAAUCCCAUUGGAGAAGAUGUCUGUUUCAAUGACUAUGAAUGGAGCAGUUAUCCCUGUGUUGGCAAUGUUUAUUGUCACCGGAGAGGAGCAGGGCGUUCCAAAAGAGAAACUAACUGGCACGAUUCAAAAUGAUAUUUUGAAGGAAUUUAUGGUGCGCAACACCUAUAUUUUCCCCCCGGAACCUUCUAUGCACGCCAUUGCAGACAUCUUUGCAUAUACCUCUAAGCACAUGCCUAAGUUCAACUCCAUAUCCAUCAGUGGCUACCAUCUUCAGGAGGCCGGUGCCGAUGCCAUCUUGGAAGUAGCCUACACCAUUGCUAAUGGCCUGGAGUACUGCCGCACUGGACUGAAAGCAGGGUUAACCAUAGAUGAAUUUGCUCCAAGGCUGUCGUUCUUCUGGGGCAUCGGGAUGAAUUUCUACAUGGAAAUUGCCAAGCUGAGGGCAGCCAGGAGGUUAUGGGCUACGCUCAUUAAAGACAAUUUCCAGCCCAAGAAUGCCAAGUCUCUCCUCCUGCGCACACACUGCCAGACCUCAGGCUGGUCUCUCACUGAACAAGAUCCAUACAACAAUGUGAUCCGCACGGUGAUUGAAGCCAUGGCCGCUGUGUUUGGGGGGACCCAGUCGCUGCACACCAACUCUUUCGAUGAAGCUCUGGGCUUGCCCACCGUGAAAAGCGCUCGCAUCGCCAGGAACACUCAGAUCAUCAUCCAGGAGGAGUCGGGCAUCCCCAAAGUUGCAGAUCCUUGGGGAGGCUCGCACAUGAUGGAGGCUCUCACAGAUGAUGUCUAUAACACUGCUUUGAAGUUUAUUAAAGACAUCGAAGAGAUGGGAGGCAUGGCCAAAGCGGUAGCCGAGGGAAUUCCAAAGCUCCGUAUUGAGGAAUGUGCUGCUCGUAGACAGGCCCGCAUUGACUCAGGCUCAGAAGUUAUUGUUGGUGUGAACAAGUACCGUCUGGAGAAAGAGGAGACGGUGGAGGUCCUGGCCAUAGAUAACACUGUGGUGCGCCAGAAGCAGAUUGAAAAACUGAAAAAGGUGAGGGAGAGCCGUGACCCUGAGAAAGCCAAGAAGUGUCUGGCUGCCAUUGAGGAGUGUGCCCGAACCAGGGAGGGCAACCUUUUAGCUCUGGCUGUGGAGGCAUCAAGAGCCAGAUGCUCUGUUGGUGAGAUAACUGAAGCCAUGAAGAAGGUGUUUGGGGAACACAAGGCCAGCACCAGGAUGGUGAGCGGGGCUUACCGCACUGAGUUCGGAGAGCAUGAAGAGAUCACUCUGGCCAACAACAGAGUUGCAGAGUUCAAGAGCCAUGAGGGGAGGAAUCCUCGAUUGCUGGUGGCAAAGAUGGGGCAGGAUGGUCACGACAGAGGUGCCAAAGUUAUCGCCACGGGGUUUGCAGACCUGGGCUUCGAUGUAGACAUCGGACCACUGUUUCAGACCCCCCGGGAGGUGGCCCAGCAGGCGGUUGAUGCAGACGUUCACUGCGUCGGGGUCAGCACGCUGGCCGCAGGACACAAGACCCUGGUGCCAGAGCUCAUCAAGGAACUCCAAAAACUCAACAGGCCAGAUAUACUUGUCAUCUGUGGAGGUGUCAUCCCACCCCAGGACUACGAGUUCUUGUACCACAGUGGCGUAUGCGCCAUCUUUGGCCCAGGAACCAGGAUCCCACAGGCUGCAGUGGAGGUUAUUGACAACAUUGAGAAGAGCCUGGACAAGAAUCGACAAGCAAUGUGAAAGCUAACUGCAAAAAGCGAACUGCUUGUUCAAGCAUCUGUACAGGAUCAGUCUGACUGGUAGCACGAGGAUGUAAAAGAAAAAGCAAGACUAAUUGUUACAUUUAGUUUUUUGUGUGUUCAUUAACAACACUCAAAAUGAACAAUGCAACGUCAGACAAACCUCAGUAGGAUUUGAAUGACGUUUGUUAAUGAUUUCACCCUUUGCAUCAUACCUGUGUGAUCUGUAUUGAUUUCUUAAUCAGCCAGAUUAUAUUACAUCUGAAAUUCCAGAAAAUUCCAAAGUGUAAAAGAAAGCACUUAUUAUACACUGUUAUUCCAAUUAGGAUUAUGAUGUGACAGAAAUUUGCCCUUUUUUCUUUACAAUCCAAGAUAAAACACGGGGAAAACCACAAACCUGCUUUGAAUGUAUUUUUUGAAAUGUCUCUGUGUAAUUUAAUAACGUAGCAGAGUGUGAUUAGUGCCAGUGUGGUGGAGAUGGAUCAAUCCUCUUAUAUAACUUUAUCCCUGCCUCUUAUUUUCAUGGAUAUGAUAGUCCUGUAAGUGGCCUUCUGUCGCUCUGAUCUCGACUCUUUGCAUCAAUCAUAAAUUUGUUCCGAGGAUAAAACCCCGUCACAGUGGUCGGAGUUUAUGAAGCCGUUAGAGAAAAGUAUUUUUCUGAUUGUGACUCUGAAUUCGGUUUACUGGUCUUUACUCAAAAUAAAUACUGUGAACUUUGGAAAUGUA